AUGGUGGAGGAGAAUCCAAGGAAAUGGCAUACUCUGCUCUUUCAAGCAUUGUGGGCUCAUCGAAACAGUAGAAGUACUUCUACUGGAUUCUCUCCAUACCAAUUAACAUUCGGGCAAGAUGCUGUAUUACCUGCAGAAUUUGUCGUGCCUUCACCCAGGGUGACCAGUACAACAGCCUAUGUUGAUGAGAUGUAUUUACAAAAGAUGUGGAAACAAUUGGAAGAGUUAGAUACAGAUCGAUUGAACGCAUUGGACCAAGUAAUUAAGCAGAGUGAGAUUAGGGCAAAAUAUUACGGAAAAAUGGUGGUCCCAAAGCUCUUUGCAGAAGGCGAUCUGGUCUGGAAGACAAUUUUGCUGACCUAUAAGAAAGUAGAUCAAUUGGGAAAGUGGUCUCCCAACUGGGAAGGUCCUUUCAUCAUUCAUAAGGUAAUUGGAAAUGGAGCCUUUAUUAUUAUAAAUCAAGAGGGAAAAACGGUACAUGAGAAUAUUAAUGCUAAGUAUCUAAAAAGGUAUUACCUUGCCUUUUCGGAACUUUUUCAUUGA